AUGACCCUCCUCCGAACCGCCCUCCUCUCCCUCUGCGCAGCAGCCGCAACCUCCGCUUUCUCCAUCUCCUCCAUCGCCCACUCCGGCCCGGCCUGCCCGCAAGGCACCACCGUCACCUGGAACGAGAACCCCGACAACCCCGUCUUCUACCUCGAGGACUUCUCCGCCUCCGUCGGCUCCGGCCAGACCACCAGCUGCGAGCUCCACCUCACCAUAGAGGACGGCACCCCGAACCGGUCUCUCGUCCUCAACCAGGUCUCCGUCUGGGGACGUCUCAGCCUCGUUGCUGACGGCGCUGCGACGUUUUAUACCUCUGGUUAUUGGUCCGCGACUGCUGCGACGCAGGUCACGAAGAAAGUCGAAUCCUCCACCCGCUCCUCCUUCAACGACAACGUAGCCAUCGACACAAACCUCGGUCUCGCCUCCCCUUGCGUCGGCAGCAGCGGCUCGGUCGGUAUCCUCAACCUGAGCUUCCGCGUCGUCUCCGAGGAGGGCAAGGUCAGCUUCGGCCCCGAACGGGUCGGCAGCAGGUCGUACGCCGUGUCGGAGCACCUUGAUUUUAGCUGGGCGAGGUGCUAA